AUGACGGCUCUCUUGCAGAUGUUUAACGCGAGCGGAAAGUCCGGUGGAGUACAGGAGGACGCGCUGAUGGCCGUCGGAACGCUCGUCGAGACGUUGGGCGAGAAUUUCCUCAAAUAUAUGGAUGUCUUCCGACCCUUCCUUAUCGUCGGUCUUCGAAAUCACGUCGAAUACCAGGUCUGCUCCGCAGCCGUCGGACUGGUGGGCGAUAUCUGCCGCGCGAUUGGCGUCAAAGUGUUGCCAUUUUGUGACGAAUUGAUGACUGUUUUGUUGGAAAACCUGUCCAAUCAAACGGUGCACCGAAGCGUCAAACCGCAGAUCCUAUCAGUCUUUGGCGACAUCGCGCUGGCCAUCAGUACGGAGUUCAAGAAGUACUUGGAUGUCGUCCUCCAGACCCUUAUGCAGGCCUCGCAGCUCAACGUCGACCCCAAUGACUACGAUUUGGUCGACUACUUGAAUGAGUUGCGGGAGAACUGUCUGGAGGCCUACACCGGCAUAGUUCAGGGCCUGAAAGGCGACGCCGAAGUGCCCAACCCUGAAGUCCAACUGAUCCAACAGCACAUCCAAUAUAUGGUUCACUUCGUGCUGACCAUCGCCAACGAUCCCGAGAUCACUGACUCUCUGAUCGCCGCCUGCGCCGGACUGUUGGGCGAUCUGUGCGCCGCCUUCGGUCCCGGACUCCUGGCGCUCGUGGAGAACGAGCCCAUACACGUCAUGCUGACGAAGGGCAAGAAGUCGAAGAAUACAAAGACCCGAACGCUGUCCGGUUGGGCCAUCAAAGAGAUCCGCAAACUGCGAGCGCCGGCGGGUGUGGUGGGCGUCACCGCUGGUCUGGUAAACAACGUGAUCGGCGCCACAGCAUCGGAGUCGUGUAAUUUCGUUGUCUAUGAACUGAUUAUUGUAGGCAUUCCUCUGUACCUCAAUUUGUUCCCCGAGUUAUCCAUCAAAGAGGCUUAA